UUUAUUGUUCUCGAUGUGACGGUUUGUCCUCACCGUUUCUGUCAGAACAUCGUCGCAGUGGGAGCCGGUUUCUGCGACGGGCUGAAGUGCGGGGAUAACACCAAGGCGGCGGUGAUCCGCCUGGGACUGAUGGAGAUGAUCGCCUUCGCCAAACUCUUCUCCAAGAACGGCUCCGUGUCCACGGCGACCUUCCUGGAGAGCUGCGGCGUGGCCGACCUCAUCACCACGUGUUACGGCGGCAGAAACCGACGAGUGGCCGAGGCCUUCUCGAAAACGGGGAAGAGCAUCGAGCAGCUGGAGAACGAGAUGCUGAACGGUCAGAAGCUUCAGGGUCCGGCCACCUCAGCCGAGGUUUACCACAUCCUCAAACAGAAGGGCCUGGUGGAAAAGUUCCCUCUCUUCACAGCCGUCUAUCAGAUCUGUUUCGAGGGGAGGCCGGUCCAAGAGAUGAUCUCCUGCCUGCAGAGCCACCCGGAGCACAUGUGACACCUGGGACCCACAGAGAGUGGAGGUGGGGGGGGUCAGCGUGAGGGAUUCAUGCACCAGUGUAACUUUGAAGUUUUGAAUUCCACACAUGGAGAGGUCUGUUUUUAAAACGUUGGGUCAGCUGGGUCUCAGAUAUUAACUAAAGGUGUGCCGUCUUCACACCUGACCGAGAUCAUGAUCUGACCUCCCAAAUGUUGAGUCCUUCUAUCUAUGAAAAAAUGAUGUUUUAACUUUAUUUUUUGGAAAUGUUCUCUCUUUAUCUUCUCUGUUUUGUAAGACAGCAGCUUGUCCCCGAGUCUUUACAAGUCAUGGAAGAAGGUUUUGUCAGUCACAGCACGGUCUUAUCCUGCAGUUAAAGAUUCAUCAGUUUGUUUAUAUAUCAACAGACAGAAGAGCAACUGAAACUCACAGCCAUAACCAGCCUGACUGUGUCAAACUGAUGGACUUUAACAGCAGCGUGCAGACACGAUAUUCUCUGAAGAUAAAGAUAUUUACUUUGAGUUUCACUAUUUCAUAACCUGACCAGAGUUGUUGUGAUACCACAAUGAUAAUCCUCUUUUUGCUUCCCGUAAACAUGACACAUGGGAUAUCAAUCCUUUUUUUUUAUACUAAAAUUAAAUUAAUAGGUAACCAAUUUUGGGUAUAUUCAUGUUUUUAAUGAUCAAAAACUGCAGGCGACCUUCUGCCAACUGUCUAAAUGGCACUAAGACAUUGCCAAUGUAUUAGUGCAAUACAGACAGUGUUUACAUUUGUUCCCAAAAUAUAGGGUUUAGACUGGUUUUACAUUAAUCCUUGUCAAAUGUCAUCCAUAAUCCAGUUGAGAUGAGCAGUAAAUCUUAAUGAACCUCAGCUGCUUUCUCUCUUUUUCACUCGUGGCAGCUCUUGUUUUAAAAAUAUUAAUUAUAAUCUGAAGUUUUCUUAAAGG